AUGGCUGUUGCAGCUCCUAGCCGAGACACAGAAGAGACGUAUAAAAAGGUUCUAGCAGAGAACGAAAUCCCUAUCGAUGUCGAGAAAUUCGACGGGUAUAGUCUCUGUUGGAUCGGACCCAGGACGGCCAAGGCCGUUAUUCUGUUCAUGCACGGCGGAGGACUUACUGAUCCAGCCUUCGACGCACAUAUUCAAUUCAACCUCAACGGCUGGAAAGUCAUGAAAGCUAAUAGCCAAGAUGUGUCAAUUGCAGUCCUGGCCUAUGGUAUUGCUCCCAAGACACCAUAUCCCGUCCAAAACCGCCAAGUAGUAGCAACAAUCCAUCACCUCUUGAGAAGCCGACCGGCCGAAGAUAUCACACUCUCAGGGGACUCUAUCGGUGGCAUGUUGACUCUAUCUACGCUCCUUCACCACAAACAUCCGAUUCCCACAGUCCCGGCGCUCACUCUCCCAACGCUAACCUCCCGUUUCCGCGAGAUAUUCAUAGUCUCGCCCGGCUGUAGUGUUAUCACCGACACGAAGUCUAUGCAAGAGAACCUUGGCAAAGACUGGUUGACCCAUGAUAUGAUGAGAAAGGGGCUGGAAACAUUGACGGCAAGUAAGGAGCCUGGGAUCGAGUUUCCGAAUCCGUGGUUUUUGAGCGUCAGUGCGGAGGAGACGUGGUGGAAAGACUUGCCAGUAGGGCACAUGACGAUUACGGUGGGGGGAAACGAGUUGUUUAGGGAUGAAGUUUUGACGGUCGGGGAGAGGAUCAAGAAAUAUCAUGAUCGAGAAGUGACGGUUCUUUGCGAGGAAGGGGGGGUCCAUUGCGGUCCUUUCUUUGCUUUGAUGAUGGGUGCUACGGAUGAUGAUAAAUCCGGUACCAAGCUGUUCAAGCAGUGGUUCCAGGACUUCAAGGCAUAA